AAAGUUAAAUAACAUUGAGUUUGUCACUGAAACUUAAAAUAUGGAAAAGGAGUAUAACCAUAGUGACGUCACAGAAGAAUUUAUUGGAAAUAAAGGAGGAGAACUUGCUGAUGACGUCAUACCAAUGGGAUUAAUCCUGUUCUACGCCGUUAUGUUUGUGAUAUCAAUGGUUUUUCUAUAUUUGAGUUGGAUCGUCUUUGUGAGAUACGUCAUGCCACGUGACGGCUACGUCACAGAAGAACUGAAGUUAAAAAUUCACAGAAUUGUGGUUAGGCAUGGGAAGAAACAGCCUGUUCUACUAGAAGUUUCCGUGGGAGAUUCACACAGCAAUGGGCCUCUCAUACCUUAGAAAUGACCGGGCCCACACCUCGGUCUGUUAUUGACCGUUACUUGCCAAACGAGCAUACAGUCAAGUAACUAAUGACGAAGAAGAAACCCAUGCAGCUGAAACAAACAAUCACCGACGCCCUGCUUUUCACAUAUUAUAUAAUACCACCACUCGCCACAUUAUAUUUAAUAAGAGUGCGUGCGUUAUUCCAAAGCAAUUCAACACGCGUCAUAAGGCAAUUAUGUAUCCGUGCAGGUCCACCCAUUGCUCAAACAGAACUCCAAAUGAUUAAAUUUCCCGCAAAGUUGAUUGUUGAGGUUUUACAUCUACGUAGGUCCUUUGGAGUCAUACGCACCCCAAACUAUAUCCUUUCUUUGUAACUGUUGAUCAUUUAUGAACUCUUGCACAAAAUCAAAUAUAAAUCAUGAGCGCACACGGUAA